CCUUCAAAAGUUUUAUAUGUUCGCAUUUGUUGAUGAAACUAUAACCUCAAUUUUAAAUAUUAAAAUUAACUAAAACUGUUUCAGUAAUUGCGAACAAAGAUGGCAAAGGUGAAAAAUAAGCGAAACGCUGGAUUAGCAGAUAAAGUACAUAAGAAAAAAGCUGAUGCAACAAAGAAAAAGUUGAAUCCAUUCGAAGUUCACAUAAAUAGAGAGAAAAUAAAAGUUUUGGGUAAAAAAUCAAAACAUGAUCGCGGUCUACCGGGAGUUUCUCGGGCAAAAGCAAUCCAGAAGCGUAAAGAAACCUUAGGUACCGAAAUGAAGUUAAUCAACAAAACAAACACAUUUAUUGAUCGUCGUAUCGGUGAAAAGAGUAACAACCUAUCUGCUGAAGAUCGUAUGAUAGCCAGAUUUGCUGCGGAGAGGGCUAAACAGCACAGCAAGAAGAGUAUUUACAAUUUGGCAGAUGAUGAGGUUUUGACACAUAGAGGUCAAACAUUGGAACAAAUCGAGAAGUUUGAUGACCCCAGAUCUGAUGAUGAAGACGAAGAUAAACCAUUUGGUGGAUUAGAUAAUGAUUUUGUGUCAGAAGGCCACUUUGGUGGUGGUAUUCUAUCGAAAACAGAAUCAAAAGACGGCGCUAAGUCCCACAAAGACUUGAUAGAACAACUGAUAGCCGAAUCCAAGAAGAGGAAAGCGGAGAAACAGAAGGAAAAAGAACAGACCCUGGAUUUGACUGAGAAACUAGAUAGCGAGUGGAAGGAUUUACAACCAGUAGUUUUUAAGAAGGUUAAAGAAGACUCGUUGAUUGAUAAGUUGUUGAGUAAAGCGGAGUCUGGACAGGAUUACGACAAAAUGAUGAGGGAACUGAAGUUCGAUAGAAGAGGAACUCCAUCUGACGCCCUAAAAAGUACAGAGAAGCAGAAAGAAGAAGAAAGGAAGAAACUAGAAGAGUUAGAGAAGCAAAGACAAGCGAGGAUGUUGCCAGAAGAUGAGGCUCAGCGGAAAAUCGUGCAACCAACUGUAAAGCAUAGAUCAGCUGACGAUUUAGACGACAAUUUUGAAUUGGAUGAUGAAAAAGAAAUUAUGCUGGCUUAUGACAAGGAUGGAAAACCUCUAGUGCCCGAACAUAUACUCAAAGAUUAUAAUGUACCAAAAGCUAGAAACACAUUUGAUGAUGGCGUUUCCGAUACAUCAUCUGAAGAUGAAAAAGAUGAAGACGAUGAAGAAGAAAAUGAAUCAGACGAUGAAGAACAGAAAAUGAACGGUGAUGUGAGUGAAAGUGGUGAUGGAAGUGACGAAGUUGAAGAAAAUAGUGACGAAAGUGACAAUGAAGUUGAAGAAAUACCUGUUACACCAGAAAAAAUUAAAAGCACCGGAAACAAAGACGAAAUUAACCGUAAACGAAAAAUGUCAAAUAGCGAAAUAGUGACAAAGAAAGCUAAAAGUGAAGAGGACGAAUCUGCAGAUGAAGUUAUUGAAAAUCAUAUAAAUGAAAAUAAUGAAAAUUGCAUGAAAGAAAGUACCACUAUUAUUGGUUCUGAUAGUGAGCCUGAUGAAAGUUGUGAAAAAGGUGUAAAAAGUGAUGAAGAUUUGGAUGAUGGUGAAAGUGAUGAAAAUGAAGAUGAAGAAGUUGAUGAGGCUGAAAGUGAUGAAAAUGAUAAUGAUAAUGAGGAUAGUGAUGAAAAUACUGACGAUGAUGCCGAAAGUGUUAGUGAUCGUGGUCAAAAUAAUAAUAAAGAUGAAAAUUCAGACGACGAAAUAUUGGGUUCAGUAUUUGAAUUGAAGUCGACAGAAGGUGAUAAAUUAAGGGAAUUAUUAACUGGAAAAACACCAUCACAGCAAUCGACAGCCCUACAAAAAUUGAUAAAAAGUUAUGAUCCCAGUUUAUCGGAAAACAACAAGGAAAUCCUUAGUCGACUAUUCGCUCAUCUACUCCAACAUGUUAACGAUUUAUUCACAAAUCUGAAGGAGGAAGGGGAUAUUAUAAAAGCGUUUUUAAUUUUCGACAAACUCGCCCCAUAUUUCUACGACUUAAUGCAUGUAAAUAAAGUGUUCACGAAGAAAUUUAUUGCGGAAUUAUUGAAGGAAAAGUAUGACGCGUAUCAAAAGAACCCCAGAAAAGUGCCCGAUUUGGACACUUUGAUUUUUUUCAAAUUAAUUUCGUUAUUGUAUCCCACAUCUGACUUCCGGCAUCCUGUCACGACGCCAUCUUUAGUUUUCAUGGCGAAAAUUUUAUCUGAAUGCAGGUUUAAUGACGCUUAUUCGGUUUCUAGAGGUCUAUUUAUUGUAGCUUUAGUUUUGGAAUACACAGCCCUGUCAAAACGAUUCGUUCCCACCGCGGUUAACUUUUUAAGAGGCAUUUUUUAUCUGUGCGCCAAUACCUCUGUAUUGAAUCCCGUUCAAGUAGUACCUCCUUUCAGAUUACACAAAGAUGUUAAAAUUUUAAAUUUGGAACAGGAUUGCGCCAAACUGGACGUCAAUCAGAAAAUGGCGGCAAAAGAUUUGGUCGCCCGCGAAAUAGACGACACUUUUAGGAUAAAAUGUUUGUCGACUUCCAUUUUAAUGUUAAGGGAAUUUUUCGAUAAUUAUAUGGAAAUGGAAGCUUUAAAGGCUAUUUUCGAGCCGCAUAUGCAGUUGUUAGGUCGUAUUGAUUUGGAAAUGUAUCCCAAGAAAGUUGCCAAUAUUGUAGAGAAGGUUCUGCAACAUAUGAAGGAAACAUUGGAGACUAAGACGUACACACUUAUGGCGAAAGAGAAAGUGAAGCCGAAAGCGCUGCGGUUAUAUGAACCGGACAUCCAAGAAGUUUUCACUGGCAGCAAGUCAUCGAAGUUAUCGCGCGAGAACGCACAAAGGGCGCGACUGUUGACCAAAUACAAAAGGGAAAUGAAGGGAGCCCUCAGGGAGAUAAGGAGGGAUAAGGCGUAUAUAGCGUUUGUGAAGAUUCGACAGAAGAUUCAGAGCGACAACGUAAGGAAAGAGAAGGUGAAACAGAUCUACAAGGAUGCUGCGAUACAACAGAGUGAACUGAAUAAAUUGAAACGAAUGAAAUAAUGUAUUUGUAAAUAUUGUACUGAGACAAUAAAAUCAUAAUUAAAUAUUUUAA